AAGCCUGUUCACAACCUAAAACGUUGGCUCCUAUCCAGCAAGUUGCCAUUAUUCCUCGAUUUGAAAGCGGAACACGAGUUGCAUGAGCGAAGAUAGAAAACCGGCAGCCAACCGCGAUCCCGUUGCGCAGCGGACAUCCUUCUAUGCAAGCUUUCUUCAAUCGGGAGAAGGCGAUUUCUCGCAAUCUGCGGCGAUUGCUAGUGCCACAAUAAAAGCCAAAGGCUUCGAGAAAACUUUACAGGGUGGUGGCUUACCAGCUCAAGGUCACGUUAAUAAAAACCAAGAAAUAAGUGGUAUUAUUGGCGAUGACCAGUUGCCAGAGAAUGUUGCCAUCCCUACAUCACCCACAACACAAAUGCGUGAUAAAGACCCGUCUACUGGACUCUCUGUAGAUGACUCUGCGGGGACAGGUGUGGAUAGUGAUGCUCAAAGUUCCUUUAGAUUACCAACUUCUCCUUUGCGACGAUCCACCGCGUCUUCAAAUGGCUCUUUGGCCAGGCGGAAAAGUAGUCUACAGCAGCGCCCUUCUUGGUAUCACGAUGCGAUAAACAGCGGUUUCUCGGCAGAGCAACUCGAGGACGCCUUGGGAUCGCCUUUAGCUGCCGCUGCGGCUGCUGCAUAUGAAGAUUCUGGUGACGGCUUUGCGGACGAAGAGGUCUUGGAACAGUACCGGAUCAUGGCUCUUCACGAAGCGCACCAGCGGGUUUUACAAAACUUGGGUUUUGAUCCUUUGAAGCGUCCCUCUGAACCAAAAGUCACACCCCGUGCCGACCUCAAACCUAUUGUUUCCUUCCCAAAAUUGAAAAAACCAAACUUGGAUCUUACGGUAAACCAUGGUAUUUUCCAGCCGAGCCUACCCACAAAACCGUUUCCGGAAAAUUUUGAGCGCUUUAUCUUGCAGAGUUGCCACCGCGAGCCAGAAUUUCAGGUCGGUACGGCUACGUCAGCACAACCUACUGCUGGUCAGAUGGGGGUACGGUGCUUGGGUUGUGGGAAAAAUUUGGUGGUUAGUCAACUUGCGACUCUGGUAAGUUGCCCAGAGUGCUCUACCGUUAGCUCGGCAACUUCUACUCGGAGAUAG